UAGUGCAUGCCGGGUGUAAAUUCCGUCUAUGAAACCUGUCAGAAGAGUUUGAUAAUGAACGAAACUACAUGAUCUGACUGAAUUCCGAAGUGUAUCGUUUGCCUGCUGAGCAAAUGAGUUGACAGUUUCGCAUAGAUUUAUCACGAAGAAGAAAUGGAUCCGAAAAUUGCAAAGAAAACACAGAAUACUUUGGGAAAAGUGAUCUCGAAGCCCCCUUUGACAGACAAACUCUUGGGAAAACCGCCGUUCAGAUUCCUUCAUGAUGUUACAACAUCGGUCAUCAAGACAACAGGGUUUAUGAAUGGACUGUUUACUGAUUCUGAAUUGAACUCUGAAAAUGUCAAGGAAAAGGAGACCAAAGUGGCAUUCCUUCAGAAAGCAAUUGAUAUGGUUUCCCUGGUAACUGGGAAGUCUCUGGCAGUGCGACCACAGAAGAUAGUGGCAGGACAUGAGCCAGAGAAGACAAAUGAGUUCCUGCAGGUGCUUGCUGAGGCUAUCAAAAUGAAGGUUAAUAAUGACGAGUAUGUGAAGAAACUUCUCAAGGGAAAAGGAGGCGGGGGAGGAGCCGAGACGAAAGACAAGGAGAAGGACAAGGAGAAGGAGUCAAGGUCACGUAGUGCUGACAAAAGGAAAAAGGAAUCGGAGGAGAAGAAAGAUAAGGGUCGUGACGAUAAGGAGAAGUCAAGGGAUAGGGAAAAGAGCAGGGAUAAGGAAAAAGAAAAGAGUCGAGAUGAAGGAAAAGACAGAGAAAAGAGCAGGGAUAGAGACAAAGAUAGGAGCAGAGACCGUGACAAGGAUCGAGAGCACAGGCGUAAGAAGCGAGAUGAGCCUGGGAAGGAAAACGAGUCUCCGGCAGGUGACAAGAUGGUGAAUGGCGAGGAACACAACAAGCAGGAAACACACACUCGUCUGCAGAGGCCAACUUCGGCAAAGGGGUCGCGGAGACGUCGUGAAGGCCGCCGUGCUGCGGACAGUGAAGAAGAAGAUGAAGAGUUUGUGCAGAAGCAGGAGCCCGCGGUGGGGGAAGCCGACCUGCCACCCCAGGUGGCCAAUGCACGGAGAAUUGCGCGCCCGUCCAGUGCCCGCCCGGCUCCCCCGAGACCAAAGCAAGAUGGUGUAGAGAGUGAGCCAGCUAUGAGACUCGGCAGUGGACACCCAACCAAUGUAAUCGUGGACAAUGGCCAGCAGUCUGAUGAAGAUGAUGAGAAUUUCCUGGUAGAAGAGUCUGCACCACCCCCACCAGAGCCAGAGCCGACGGUGCUGAGCAAGCAGGAAGGGGAAGAUGAUGCUGAGCACGGAGCUCUUGUGAAGAAGAUGCUGGAGACAAAGAAGGAAUUUGAAGAGGGAAGUCAGCCACAACAGAGUGGACCUCCCAAGAAAACUGAAAUUGAAAGACCAGCCAUGUCUGAUGCUGCCAGGAGAAAACAGCGUGAGAUUGUACAGAAGGAGAUCAACAAGCUGCGGAACAGCAUCCAGAGCCUGACACGAAGCGCCAACCCGCUGGGGAAGAUCAUGGACUAUGUGCAGGAAGAUCUCGACUCCAUGCAGAAAGAGCUGGAGAAGUGGAAAUCUGAAAACAAGGAACACUCACUGGCCCUCAAGAGGGAGAGAGGCAUUACAGACCGGUCGGUGGAGCCACUCAAGGCCCAGCUUUCCGAACUUGACCAAGCAAUUAAGGACCAGCUGGACCUCAUUGCAGCUACCAAGUCCAACAUCAUCAGGAACGACCAGAAGAUUGACAAGAUGCUCAAGAGUAUUGCCAAGUCGUGAUGAUGACCCUCUCUCCUGGUGCUAUGUUCUAGCAGGGCGGUCAGGUGGGGAUCUACAGGCGAGAUAACAACACCCUGUAACCUUCACAUUUCUUAAGCUGAAACUUUAUAAUUCUACUGAAGACAAAUGUUUGGAAAUGACUUCCAUAUACCUUUUUAUUUAAAAUCUGUACGAUUCAAAAGAGUUAUUUUGGGUAAUAAUUCAUCAGUAUUUAUUGUGGAGUAAUGACAUUCUCAUUUCAUAUCUGUGUGGGGGGGUGUAAAAAUACAGGGGAGGUCACUCUGUUACAUAUUCCAUUUUUGAGAUUAUGUAUAUAUAUAUAAUCUCAAUACAUGGGAGGAUUAUUUCAGGUUGACUACAUAUCAGAUCAUUUGCACAUGUGGUUCUUUUUAGCACAGGGGGUUCGGGUAGCCUAGUAGUUAAAGCGUUCGCUCGUCACGCCGAAGAUCCGGGUUUGAUUCCCGACAUGGGUACAAUGUGUGAAGCCCAUUUCUGGUGUCCCCGCCGUGACAUUGCUGGAAUAUUGCUAAAAGCGGCGUAAAACCAUAUUCACUCACUCGCUCUUUUUAGCAAAAUCAGAACAACAUAGCUGUCACUUGUGUCAUGAGACAUCCCUUGAGGAGACCAAGAAAAGUAGUUUGCUCAAUCACCUACCAACCAGCAUCCCCGAACUUAUGGAGACAGUUUUGAUUUUGAGAACUAGGAUAUGAUAUUUAAGAUUUCCUCAUUACCAAGUUGACAGUUGUUAUCAUUAAUAAGAUGGCUCCCUUUCACUCUUUCAGUAAUGAGUGUUAUGUGUGAAUUGAUUUGCAAAAAGAUUCAAUUUCCCUUCCUAUGCCCACAUGCCCUCCAAAUGAGUCGGUUCCAGUAGUUCCAGUUCCUACAAAUUCCUGCGGUCUAGUACAACAUUCUACAUUUCCCCAUUGUUUAACAUUACAAGGGCAUUUUAUCUUUACCCAGGCUAGUGAAGCUUUUCAGUUUAGUUCUCGCCCUAACAUGAGUAUGGGACAACCAGUCGAACUGGAGGUAUGGCAUCACUAUAGAAUAACGGAGGAGGUGUAUCAUGAUGUGAAACGGUAUCUCUGUAUUCUUACACCCUAUUCACUUCAUUAUUUAUCCGGGGGCACGGGUGGCCCAGUCGUCUAAGGCGCCGCGAUUCGCUGUGCAGAGUUGCGUCCCUUGGGCACGCCAGAAACCUAUGAUUGUGGGUUCGAAUCCCGGUUCGCCCCGAUUAUGUUUCU